GUUUCACUGCACUCCUGUUAAAGGUCAUAACGCCGUUGCGUUUACGAACUUUCAUCUUUGGGAAAUGAAUGAAUAUUGAUGCUUGAUAGCUUUGUAGUGUCUAAUAAGUCAGACGAUGCCUUGAAAAAUGACACAGACAAUAAGGAUUCUAUUUUUUAUGAUUACUAUUCAAACCGCCAAGCAAUCUUUUCCAAUUGCAGGCUGAGGGAUUUCUCUAAUAUUUCGGAAACUUUGAAGUUUGUCGAACAUUUGGAUUUAUCCCGAAACUUCAUAACAAAUGUUCCAAAUGGAAUCGAACAAUACAGACUGCUUACAACUUUGGAUUUAAGCUUCAACAAAAUUUUUUCUCUUCCGAGUUCACUAUGUAAAUUGCCGAGCCUUCGGAUUUUGUUGAUGUCAAACAAUUAUUUAUCGUCUCUUCCUGCAAGUAUUUGUGAACUUCAAAACUUGCAAGAGCUGGAUCUGUCAUUCAAUAGGUUUAAAUGCUUUCCUUCGAUUUGCUCACUUCAAAGUUUAAAAGUUUUACUAUUAGGAUGUAACCUGAUUGAAACACUUCCAGAAGACAUAGUUGGUCUUCGCUGUUUGAAGAUUUUGGACUUGCAUUCAAACGGGGUCAAGCAACUACCUUUGAACAUUAGAUUUAUGUGGUGUUUGGAGAAGUUAUCUCUAGAAGAAAAUCCUCUAUCCCCUCCCCUUUUAACUAUUGUUGCUCGUGGGAUCCCAUACAUAUUUGCAUUUUUAAACCAACAAGCUUUAUGUAAUUCUAACAAUACAAGUUGUGAAAAAUUUCAUGAUUCGCUAACUCAGUCGUCAUCUGCUCAUGCAAUAAAUACCUCAAAUCAACAGCAUACGACGAAGCUUUCUGAAAGUCAGCAUGUUAAUUCAGAUUCUUCUACUCAAUCUUUUGAGAAAACCGAGAUAAAUACGGAUUGUGACCAAAGAUACAUAUUGAAGUCUGAAAUUACCAAUCCUUCGUUGACAAUUCAAAACUCCACUUAUUCAACAACAAAUAACAAGAAAGAACAAUUUGACAAAUCAAAUGUUAAACUACACUUAACUGAUUAUAAUCGUACUGAGAAUUUUAGUCAUAAUGAAUCAACACAUUCUUGUAUAAAUGAAACAUUGAAGUCUGGAUCGUCAUUUAGUUCUUUAUCGACUGAUGAUAACGAAUCAUUAACAACGAAUAUGUAUUCUUCGGCUUAUGAGAAUGUUAUUCUUAAUAAAAAUGAUAAUGAAGGUUUCUAUUUAACAUCAAAUAUUUCUCAACAAUUAGCACAAGCUAUCAAUAACUCUCAAAUUAAACAGCCUAUCUCUCCUGGAAAUGACAAUACAAAGAAGGCAGUAGUACCAACGGUUUUGAAUGGGAAUGAUUCAGCAGAACAAAAAGUUAAUGGUUAUAUCAUUGCAAAUGAAAGACUAUGUAAUGUUUUUGAACCAACAAAUAAUGAUCAGAUUGAGGAUUGUCCAACAAAUCAUUCGUCUUUUAAAUACAAUCGACGUGAUAAAGGUGGUCCCAUUUCCAGUAAUAAUAGGUUACGUAAUUCUAAACGUCAACAGAUAGAAAAUGAUAGAACAUUUUAUUGUAGUUCUGGUUAUAUAACACCAGAUUCAUAUUUAUCAGAAAGUUAUAGUAUAUCUCAAACAAAUGGAUAUGAUUGUCAAAAAUUAAGUCAAUAUCAUAUUGAUGAACAGUUAGCUAUACAAAGAAAUCAUACACAAAUAUUAUAUCAUCCUCAUCAAAAUGGUUUAUAUGAUAAAGAUAUAUCUAGUAAAGCAACACGUGUUGGUGUUGCUUUGUGCAUGCCUUCAGAAUGUACUUUAAAAUUACCUAAAAACUUUCAAACUUCACAUAAUUAUCAACCACAAAUAAAUACACAUUGUCAAGAUUCCAAUGUAGCAUUUUCUACUGGUUAUUCAAGUAAAGAUAUCAGUAGAAGAGAUGAAACUCGGAAUAUAAAUACAUCGGAGUAUAUGAAAAUGAAUUCACCUAAAGACACCGUUAAAUGGGAGGAAUUGAAUUCUGAUGAUUUGAUUAUAAUUAAUCAAUUAAGAAAAAGUAACAUAAGAUCUGGCAAAAUUGAGAUCUAGGACCUAUCCAAGUUGCUGUGAUUCUGUUAUCUGUUAUGUUACUAAUAAACGAUGGUUCUUACAUGUAUAGAUAACCGCAAUAACAUUUUUUUAGUUCAUAUUUUAACAAUAACCUUUCCUGUUUUUGAUUAGCUGUUCUCACUUUUAAUUUACUAAUUCUGUUUUGUCCCAUGGUCAUUGUUGAUUGCUACAUGUAAAUAAUUGUUCCGUUACAAAUUUUUCAUUAGAGCACUAUGCUUCCCUUGAACUCCUAACUUAUCUUUGCGUUUCAUUGCGUUGAGAUUAUUGAGUACGUGUUGUUUGUCAGUCGUGCGUUUCAUUGAGUUCACGUAGAUUUGAUUGUGUAUUAUAAGAAUAUCGUUAAUCAGUCCGAUCGCAAACUUAAAAAAUUCACAAAUCAUCGUCCAGAGAUAGAAGUUGAAAUAACAAAAACUUUAAAGAUAAACAUGCACUAGACGUACAUAAAACAUGAUUAGAGUAAAACGAAUUAAGUUUAAAGAAUUUAAAUGUGUUUAAUGAUAAUAAUCAUCAAACUCAAAUUUAAGGGUAGAUGAAUAGUUAUUCCAUAUGAAACGAGUUUUAGGCUAUUUCUUUUUAGAUUUUUAACCAUAAAUUGAGUUUAUUAUGUAGCUACCAAUCUGUAUGUCUAAACCCUUGAAUAUUACCUCGAUAUUGUGGUGUGGGUUACUUAUAUCUACAUAAGUAGUAUAUAACAAUGGUCGGGCAUUGAAUGUAUUUCAGUACAACAUCAAUAAGGAAAGAACGAGAACAGAACGCAAUUACUAUGAAAAUACAUGAAAAAUAAUAGUUGGAGAUGAUGGACUGAUAUUUGUAAAAGGAAAAGUCAAGAUUGCGACAAUUGAUUGGUAGUUUGCAAAUUAACUGUUUAUUAUCAGAUGUCAGUGAGGUAUUCUGUACUUUUGUGCCUAAAUGCAUUCGAUUGUCCUCACUCGUGUCCUGGUUUGCUACAAUAUCAGUACCACUCGUUGAUUUCAUGUCAAGUCUUAGUUAUUUUGGUUUUGUCUUUACAUACUCUCAGAGAUCUUAUUUGCUAUUUUAACUUUUUAAUUUUACUUACAGAUGGUAUCUUAAGGCAUUUUGAACUUAUCAUUUAUUUAAAGUAUCAUCUAUUUGUAUAAAAAAAAGCUCACUUUAUUAAAACGUUUAUGGGUAUCAUGUUAACCGUUUACUGGGUGAAAAGUAGUGAUCUAUGGAAGAUUAUCUUAUUGAUUUUAAAAAAUCAAAACCAUUUCUUCUUAAUACCUUGUAUAUACUCUUCCAUAUUUAGACAUAAUAAUGAUGAAAAACUUUUUUUUGAAAACAGAUUCUAUUUAAUUUUAUUCAUUUCUCAAUAGUUGCUAUGUAACUUUUCAUAUUGAUUAUAAUUUCCAUAGAUAAUCGAUAAAGAAUUAAAUAUU